CAAUGUGAGUUUUAUUAUUAUUCAUUUGAAUUUCGUCACGCCAUUAAGCCUUAUUGGUCAGGUGGAAGUGUUUCACGAUUUAGUCCAAAUGAUAAAAUAUCAUCAGGCAUACGCGAAGCUCGUGUUCGUUAUCGUCCAAUGCCUGGUACAUGUGUCCAUUGCUCUUAUUGUUUUGAUCGUGUAUCGACAGUUCGACUAAAACUUGCUUCAUUUUCACAUACUGAACUAGAUAUUCCCAAAUAUCAUGAUCAAAAACAUAUUAUCCAUCGUUUUCGUAAUGGUAAAGAUCUAUUUGAUAGAGCCAGUGAACCAUUACGACGUGUUUAUAAAAAUGAAACUGAAUUACCUCGAUUAUUACAAGUUGAACAAAAACGUUUUGGGUACAUGCUGAAUAGAUCAGCACCUAAUGCUGGCUUUCUAGAUGUUUAAAUAAUAAUAAAAACGUUGACUAAAUUCGCAAAAAAAUAUUCGAAGGAUAUGUCUACUUUUGUUUGUAUCAUUCAUUUUAGAAAAAAAUUUUGAUAAAAUAUUUUGAAACGAAUAGGUUAAUUUUUCAGUUCGGAAUUGGCUAUAGUAUAUAGAAACCUUAGCUGACUCGAAAAUAUUUCACAUAUGGUGAACAGCAACGUUCUCUUCAGUAUAGCAUAUGAAUAUAAAAGUUUUGAUUAUUGGGAAAUGAGCACGAGUAUAGACCCCGUUUUUCAAGAAAAAAUAUAAUGAAUCAUGGUAGAGGAUCAUCGUCUUAAAUAUUUCUUGUAUACAUUAUCUUGUAUUCAGGGGCGGCGCGAAGAGGUCAAAGCAGGGGGGGGUACCUUCGAAAAAUCGAAGAAAAUCUGAGGAAGAAAUGUUCUGGGGGGGGGGGGGUACUUUCGAAAAAUGGGAGAAAAUGUGAAAAAACAUCAAAUUUUGAGGUAUUGUUGAGCAAAAAAAACGAAAAUUUUCAAAAGCAGGAGGGGGGUACCCCCCCGCUCGCGCCGCCCCUGCUUGUAUUCAAUAAUAAUAAAAUUAAAACCGAUCAUUGAAUAGGCGU